AAAAAAAAAGCGAGACCCUUGUGCACGCCUGCGUCCUAAAAAAAACAUUUGUGCGCCUGCAGCGCCGAAUCCCUCUGCCCAACGAGCUCGCCUCACCGUCGGGCCGGCCGGGCUGCCUCACCGCCGUGACACCGGAGCUCGCCGCGGAUCGCCCCCAAGUCCCCUCCGGAACUCGCCGCGCGCCGCCCCCCAACUCCCCCUACCCCAAGAAUCCCCCGAAAUCGCGCUCCCACUUCCGCUCUCCCUCCCUCGCCUAGUUGACUCCGUCACGCAGGGCUUCUUGCGGCGGCGCGAGGCAACCUGUUCGACGAAAUGUCCAGGAGGCUGAGCGAGGUGGGAAGCACGGCGGCCGUGGGCGAGCACCGCAUCGGGGACCUCCCGGACGACCUGCUGGCGUACCUGAUGUCGUUCCUGCCCUCGCGCGACUCCGUGCGGACGUGCGUGCUCGCCCGGCGCUGGCGCCCGCUCUGGAGGUCCGUGCCCGCCCUGCGCCUCGAGGACGACCCGCGAGGCGACGGCGGCCCCAGGAGCAAGUUCGUCGACGAGCUGCUGCGCCGCCGCCACCCGACACCUCUGAACCUAUGUGACAUCUGUUCUGAUUACGACACCUUUCACUGCGAGGAGGCGUUCACACGCAUCAAGCCGUGGCUCCGGUACGCCUUCUCGCAUGACGUUCGGGCGCUGCGGGUCGUUGCUGGUUCGUUGACGACCAACCUGGUUCUCGUCUCCUCGCACCUGAAGAGGGUAGAGCUUUGUUUCAUGCAGUUUAAAGGCUCUGUGAAUUUCACGGGCUGUCGGGUGCUAGAUGUGUUGGAGAUGAAAGGUUGUAACAUCCUUGCGAGCAUCUUGUGCCAGUCAGUACGACAUCUUACCGUCAAAGGGGGGUGUUUUGACGAUAAAAUCCGCCGUCGUAUUUCUGCCCCAAAUCUCAUCAGCUUGAAACUAGCUCCAUGCCAGGGUCUGACUCCGUUGCUUGAUAGCAUGCCAUCGCUGGUGACAGCAUCUGUUGAAUCCUUUGAUCAGCAGUAUCAUUACUGUUUUGAUGUACCAUGUGAAGGGUGUGAUAGGCAGGCAAGAUUUCCUGUGGUUUUGGAAGGCUUGUCUGCUGCUACAAAUCUGGAGUUAACAAGUGAUGAUCAGUUAUGUAUUUUCAGAAUGGAUUUGAAAUGGUGCCCCAUGUUUAGCAAGCUCAAAUGCUUGUUGCUGAACAAAUGGUGUGUGGCUGAUUAUUUCACUGGAUUGGUUUACUUCCUCCAGCACUCACCAAUUCUAGAGACGCUGACACUUCUGCUUGAUUUUCAAACUCACGAGAAAUGGCAUGUGAUGGAAACAUAUGGAAUCUAUGACCCAAAGGAACAAUCACCACUAUUGAAGCAUCUCAAGGUAGUCAAAAUCAUACGCAGCUCGACAAAGGAAGAUGUUAUAGUUGACCGUAUCCUAAAGAUACUCUCUGCCCAUGGAGUGCCUUCCGAGCAAAUUGACAUCCAAUAGAACUUUCUUCUGCUUUCGACUGCUUCCAUUUUGAGCUGGCUCUGUGUCCCUGGAUCGCACCAGGAAGGAAGUUGCUGCGUUUUUGUCUACCAUACCACCCCAGGAUGCGCCUCCCCGUGUCCUGUUCAUAUAUAUGACCUUAUAUGUAAACAGUUGUAUGUAUGUCUUGCUUGGAUGCAGUCGGAGCAUGUUGUUAUAGUGUCUGUCACCGUGGUCCUGCUGGUGUGCUUUAUGCUCAUUUCCUCAACUCGGCGGCAAGCCUGAGCUGCCAAGAUGAUGUUUCAGGGACCCUGUCUACUGUUUGUUGUUCCAGGAUCGCGCUAGGUUGAUUCCAGAACUAUAAAUUCUGCCUUGUGGCUAGGAUCGGCUUCCAGAUGCAUGUGUAUACUAACCAAAACCACACCCUUUGCAUAUCUUCUUAUGUCUCUCCCCCCAAAACACAGAGAUACACCCUUGUGGAAGUUGCUUGAACCAAAGGAUGAAAGAUGUUUCUUUU